CUGGCUGGGGCCAGCUGGAGGGCUUCUGGACAGCCCAAGCCAACUUUCACCCAAGAGCUGGAACACUGAGACCCUGGGCGCUGGUUUCAAGUCAUGAAACGCUACCUCACAGAUCAUCAGGGAGGACAAGCACCAACUGAUGGGACCACCCUCAGCUUGACAAGUUCUGAGUCCACGGAGGAUAAUGUAGAAUUGUGCUGGCCAGAGACCAUAAAGAGAGAGGGGUCACCUCUGCGACCCGGGUCAGCCAUUCCCUGCGAGAAGGACAUCUACUUUGCCACCAGGGCUCAUGGGAUGCUGGGCUGGAGCAGCUCCCCAUCGUCGGAGUCCUCCUCCGAGUACCAGUCCUACUCCCAGUACCAGUCUUGCUGUUCCUGCAUGUACAAUGAGGAGAACGCUGCCCCACAGAGUGUGUGCGCCCUCUACACCCACGUACAGACCGUGCAGGGCGUGGCAGUGGCCUGGGAGACCAAGACCGGCUUUGAGCCAGUCAGCAGGAAGCCCCGAAUCCAUGAAGUUCAAUUCAUCAAGAGGCAGAGGCGGAAAGGCUCCUCCUUCGAGAUGGCUUCCAACAGUGACCUGUACUGGGACCUGGAAGCCUGCAAGGACAACUACGACCCAGAGCUGGAUGAUGCAGAGCUGCUGGAGUGCUGCCUCCAGGAACUGCGGGAGCCUCCAGACUGGCUCGUCACCACCAACUGUGGGCUGCGCUGCAUGGCCUGCUGCCGCGUCUUCCCUGCCCUGGACGCACUGCUGGAACAUGCCCAGCAUGGCGUCCGGGAGGGCUUCAGCUGUCAGAUCUUCUUUGAGGAGAUGCUGGAGAGAAGGCAGGCUCGGGGCCAGAAAAGUGACCGGCAGCUGGAGGAGGAGGAGCAGAGCUCUUCAGAUAACAGCGAGGGUUCUCCUCCCCCUGGUGAGGUGCCUCCACCACAGCAGCAGAAGCAAUGA